GAUCGUCACUUUGUUCUGUUUAGGGUCAAGAAUUUGGUGGUGUUUAUCAAAUUGGAACCAGAGCCAAUGAAGGCCUAGAAAAAUAAGGCUGUCGUCCUUUUUAUGAAUCUGUCAUCUCCAAUCCCUUUGUUGUAGAGUCUGAAGUGACCUAUGACACCUAUCAGCAUAUCCUGGUAGAAAGCUUUGCAGAAGUGUUACUGAGAACUGGGAAACUGGCAGAAACUAAAACCGAAGGAGAAGAAGUAUUUCCAACAACAGAAGUUCUCUUACAGCUAGCAAGUGACGCUUUACCAAAUGAUAUGACAUUGGCUCUUGCUUAUCUCCUGGCCUUACCACAGGUGUUAGAUGCUAACAAGUGCUUUGAAAAGCAGUCCCACUCUGCUCUCCUUCUCCAAUUGGCAGCCUAUUAUUAUAGCCUCCAGAUCUACGCCCAGUUGGCUCCAUGUUUCAGGGACAAAUGCCAUCCUCUUUACAGGGCUGAUCCCAAAGAACUGAUCAAGAUGGUCAGCAGGCAUGUGACUCUGUACGGACAAGAGGCCUGGCCCGAGGAGCUCGCUGCACUGACCAAGCAGUUGCACUAUUACAACCAACGCCUGCUGGACUUCACUCAGGCUCAGAUCCUCCAGGGCCUGCAGAAGGGUGUGGACGUGCAGCGGUUCACGGCCGACGACCAGUACAAAAGGGAAACCAUCCUUGGCCUGGCCGAGACGCUGGAGGAAAACGUCUACAGCAUCGCUCUUUCUCUGGCCCAGCGCUACAGCGUCUCCCGUUGGGAGAUUUUUAUGACCCAUUUGGAGUUCCUGUUCACCGACAGUGGUUUGUCCACAGGAGAAAUUGAAAACCACGCCCAGUCCCUUCAUCUCUUUGAGACAUUGAAGACCGACCCUGAAGGCUUUCACAAACACAUGGUCAAGUAUAUUUACCCUACGAUCAGUGGUUUUGAUCACAAAAGGCUGCUGUACUAUUUCACUCUGCUGGAGAGCUGUGGCUGUGCGGAUUUCGGGAAGUACGCCAUUAAACCGGAAACCCAUGUUCGGCUACUGAAGAAAUUUAAGGUAGUGGCAUCAGGUCUUGACUACAAAAAGGUGACUGAUGAAAACAUGAAUCCCCUUGAGGCAUUGGAGCCAAUCCUUUCAAGUCAGAAUAUCUUAUCCGUUUCCAAACCUGUUCCCAAAAUCCCUGGAAAGGAUGGCCGCAUGCUUUCCCCAAGCUCUCCGUACACCAUCUGGUUACAGAAGCUGUUCUAGACUGGAGACCCUCACCUCGUUAAACAAGUCCCGGCAUCCCCCCAAGAGUGGCUGCACGCCUGUGACGUCUGCAUGAAGUACUUCGAUCGCCUCCUCCCAGGCGACCUCAUCACUGUGGUGGAUGCAGUGACCUUUUCUCCAAAAGCUGUGACCAAGGUAACCAAAAGAUAGCUUCACGUAGACUGGCCAUUUUAGAAGAAAUGAAAAUUGCCCUUCUGGUCUGUCAA